ACCGUCUGUUCCAAUCGAAGUAUUCAAUUUGUUGGCAUACGGUGAUGGCUUGAACUUGACUGGCAGCCCAACUCUGGAAAUCCACAAAAAUUUCAGGCCCCUCCUCAUACUCCUCAUUCAGACAUUGAUUUCAUGUCCGAGUCGAUUAACACUCCAGAAACCUCACUCAAUCGCGAUGGCCAACCAUGAAAGCGACGAUGAAGAGCUGACGCUAUCGGUCUCGACGCUCGAUGCCCUCAAGCAGUUCUACGCCGAGCGCGAUGCCCGCGCCGAGCAGUUUGCCAAGCUCCAAGCCCAGGCCGAGGAGCAGCAUGCUGUUGGCCAGGCGAAGCCCUUUUCCAUGGAAGCGUUUAGCGAGGACUGGAAUGAGAGUCAAUUCUGGUACUCGGACGAGACGGCUUCGUUACUGGCGAGGCAACUGCUCGAUGGAGCCACCGCCGAUACGACUAUUGCCGUUGUGUCGGCGCCGAGCGUGUUCGUGGCUCUGAAGAAUAUCUUGAACGCCGGCGGGUCAGAGAAGCUCAGACCCAAGCUGCUGCUCCUCGAGCAUGACAACCGCUUCGCCGUCUUUCCUGAAUUCGUAUACUACGACUUUGCUCAGCCCCUGAAGCUCCCGGCCCACCUAAAAGGCACCUGCGACCGCAUCAUUUGCGACCCGCCAUUCCUCAGUGAGGACUGCCAAACCAAAGCCGCCCUCACAGUAAGGUGGCUCUCCAAACCGCCAUCCUCCUCCUCUUCAGACAGCCAGCAACAACCACAACGAACGCGCCUGAUCGUCUGCACGGGCGAGCGGAUGCAGGACAUCGUGAAACGCGUGUACCGGUUCUUUGGACUACGCAUUACCGACUACGACCCGGUGCACGCCCGGGGCCUGAGCAACGAGUUCUACUGCUAUGCCAACUUCGAGUCGGCGGACUGGGGGUGGCGGUACGAACAGGGUCAGGGUCAGGUGUCUGGGUAGAUGGAUACAUGGGCCAGAUAGGUGGACGAAAGGGCAUUAUCAAGGAACAGGAUUGUCGGGACAAUCCAGCAGACAGAUCAUCGCUAUUUACCAUCACCGGUGUUGUGAGCGUGAAAACAUCGUUUUGGCUUGUUUACAAGAGCAUGAAUUAAUGAUGAAAUAGGGGAGUGUUGGAAUAGUAGUCUACCCUUUCUUAUUUUCAUCUCCGUUGUCUUUCCCCUUCUGCUGUGCUCUCCUUCUUCUUUUCCCUCUCGUCCCCUGAAUUUUUCAUCUUCUUUAACCAACGUUAUAAUAGAGCUUGACAUUUUUAAGCGCUCUAAGAAUAAAG